AAGCCUGGUUUUACCAGUAGCAAUACUGAUCAAGUCAAACGCUGUAAAAUUCAGCAAGAAUCCAUAAAUAGGACUGUUAUAUCCAAACAUUCAAAGGUUUUGUUCGUGCCUAAUGUUGAAAAGGAGUCUGUUAAAGACGUAGUAAAGAAAUUUUUACUGGAUAUAAUCAAUCUCGAAUUAGCCGUAAGAUUGGGAUGGAUUUAUGAUGAAUGGAAUGGCGCCCCUAUAAAAGAGUUAUUAUCACCGGUGGAGCUGAAAAGAUAUGAGGAAGGUACAUUAGAAUGGGGUAGUUUAUCCAUUGAAUCAAUAAUAAAUGGUACUGAAGUCUAUAAGAAGAAUGAAAAGUUCAAAGUUCGAAAGAGGAAUAUGGCUGGCAGUAGAAAGCAGAGAAGCAGAAAGAAGUAUUGA